AUGGGUUUGAGGUGGUGGAGAAAUUUUGGUGCAAUUCUUGCUGGAGUAUUACUGUUCUUUCAUGGCUUCUGUUACUCAGAGAAAGCUCCCAAUUAUUCAUUCCUCCAAGAUGCAAAACAGGCUCCACCAAACCUAUAUUACGACUAUAUAAUCAUUGGGGGAGGAACCUCUGGCUGUGCAUUGGCUGCAACUCUCUCCCAAAACGCGACCGUUUUGGUGCUUGAAAGAGGAGGCUCGCCCUAUGGCAACCCUAAGAUAAGAAACCUGGAUUCGUUCUUUGCCAACAUUUUGGACAAUUCUCCAUUAUCACCUUCCCAACCCUUCAUCUCAGAAGAUGGAGUCUUCAACACUCGAGCCCGUGUUCUAGGUGGUGGAAGCGCCUUGAAUGCUGGUUUCUAUUCAAGAGCUAGCGCCGGCUACGUAAAAAGCUCAGGCUGGGACGAAAGACUGGUGAAGGAGUCUUAUGAAUGGGUGGAAAAGAAGGUGGUGUUCAAGCCCCCGAUGCUGCAGUGGCAGUCUGCUGUCAGAGAUGGAUUACUGGAGGCAGGUGUGUUGCCAUACAAUGGAUUUAGCUACGAACAUUUGUAUGGGACUAAAGUUGGCGGAACCAUAUUCGAUCAUCAGGAUCACAGACACACUGCUGCUGAUUUGCUCGAGUAUGCCAACCCUAAAAAUAUUGUUGUUCUCUUACAUGCAACAGUGGAGAAGAUUGAGUUUAGAUUGCAUGGAGAAUCAAAGCCAAUAGCCUUAGGUGUGAUAUUUAGAGAUGAAGUAGGAGUCAGGCAUAAUGCGUAUAGGAGGGAUUCCAAGAGCGAGAUCGUAUUGUCAGCUGGAGCAAUUGGAAGCCCACAAUUGUUGAUGCUGAGUGGAAUUGGGCCUAAGGCCCAUAUUAAGGCCCAUGGUAUUCCAGUGAUUCUGGAGCAGUCCAUGGUUGGCCAAGGCAUGGCUGACAACCCAAUGAAUGCCCUGCCCAUUCCCUCUCCACGGCCCGUCGAAAAUUCCCUCAUCCAAGUCGUGGGCAUCACCACGUUUGGGAGUUACAUCGAGGCCGCUAGCGGUUCCGAUAUCAUCCGUUCUUGGUUUCACAGGCCUCCUGAACAGUUAUCCAAUGCUUCUACAAACCCAAAAGGUACGGAGAAAACCCUUAAAGCCAUGCACACCAUGAUGAAAGCAACAGUGAGAGGUGGAAUCAUCCUUGAGAAGAUCCAAGGUCCGAUCUCAACAGGCCACCUGAAGCUCCGAACCACCAACCCAGAGGACAACCCAUAUGUCACCUUCAAUUACUUCAAGGAGCCUGAGGACCUCCAGAGAUGUGUGGAAGGCAUGCGCACCAUCAUAAAAGUAAUAAACUCAAAAGCCUUCUCCAAGUUCCGAUUCCCCCACAUACCAGUCCAACUUCUUAUAGAUAUGGUGGUGAAUUCCCCAGUGAACUUGCGGCCCAGACAUGUCGGCGCCUCCAUCUUCUUAGAACAGUUUUGCAUAGACACUGUAAUGACGAUCUGGCAUUAUCAUGGAGGCUGCCAUGUUGGGCGAGUGGUGGACCCAGACUACAAGGUUAUUGGCGUGGAUGGGCUAAGAAUUAUAGAUGGUUCCACCUUUAAUCACUCUCCGGGGACUAAUCCACAAGCUACUGUUAUGAUGCUUGGAAGGUACAUGGGAGAGAAGAUUCUUGGUGAGAGAUGAAGUAGCAAAAAUUGUGAUUUUUUUUUUUUUUUUUGGGCUUUAUCAAGUGGGUUUGAAAGUUUGAGAAGUAAGGAUUUGCUGCUAAUAAAUAACUUCACCUACAUUACGAAUGGAAGCUCUGUAAAUGUUCAAAGUGCAUCAUAUUUGGAGAAUUACAUUGACAUGUUCAAAUUUAAAGGAAAAAAAAUUUAAUCAAAACCAUAUGAAUAUUAAUUUUAUUGUUCUCUUGGA